AUGAAAGAUAUGGAAGUGAGGAAGUUUGGGAGUGAGUUUUGCACAAAGCACAGCGAGGCAGAGCUGGUGGCGCCUGCAAAACCAACGCCAUGUGAGACCAAGAAGCUAUCAGACAUAGACGACCAAGAGGGCCUUCGAUUUCAUCUUCCUCUUGUGAUGUUCUUCAGAAAUGAUAAUGAAGCUUCCAUACUGGAAGGAAAGGACCCUGCCAUGGUGAUCAGAGAGGCCAUAAGCCAAGCUCUGGUGUAUUACUAUCCACUCGCAGGCAGACUGAGAGAAGGAGAGAACAGAAAGCUCAUGGUGGAGUGUAAUGGAGAGGGCGUGUUGUUCCUGGAAGCUGAUGCUGACGUGUCGCUUUUGGAGCUUGGGGAUUCAAUUCUGCCACCAUGUCCGUAUCUCAACCACUUCCUCCUUCCCUUGCCUGCCUCUGAAGCCAUUCUUGGAUGCCCUCUCUUGUUCUUUCAGGUAACUCGUCUUUCAUGCGGAGGAUUUGUGUUGGGCGUUUGGAUGAAUCACACAGUGUGCGACACACUCGGCCUUGUCCAAUUCCUCAAAAUGGUGUCUGAAUUCGCAACGCACUCUCCUCUCUCUCAAAUCCCUGUUUGGCAGAGACACCUUUUGUCUGCGCGACACCCACCUCGCAUCACUUGUCUUCACCAUGAGUACCACCAACCCAUUUCACAUCCCAACUCACAAACCUUACACUCCGAUCCUGAUAGCGAAACAGUUCACGAAUCUUUCUUCUUCGGCCCCAAACACAUCGCCUCACUGCGUAAUCGUCUCCCCCAUCACCUUCGGAAUUGCUCAACUUUCGAGUUGCUCACUGCGUGUUUGUGGAAGUGCCGCACUGAAGCACUUGACCUGAAACCCAGCGAGAUUGUGUCCAUUUCACCCUUUAUCACAGCUCGAGGUAAACGAGGCCUAGACUUGCCUGAUGGGUAUUACGGGAACGCCUUUGCCUUCCCAACUGCCAUAUCAGAAGCUGGAUUGAUCUGCAACAACCCCUUGGGGCACGCGUUGGGGUUGAUCAGAGGGGUUAAAGCACAGAUGAACAAAGAGUACUUGAGCUCCGUGGCUGAUCUUAUGGUGCUCAAGGGACGUCCUAAGUAUAGAACGAAUGGGAAUUAUCUUGUGGCUGAUUCGAGUCGCGUGGAGUUUCACAAAGUGGACUUUGGGUGGGGAAAACCAGUCUAUGGUGGGCCUGCUGGAGCCAUACCAUGUGUUAGCUUCUAUGCUGCGUUCAGGAACAUGAAAGGUGAGAAUGGCAUUGUGGUGCCAAUUUUGCUGCCGCGCAAAGCCAUGAGGAGGUUCCUUUCUGCGGUGGAGAAAAUGACGAGUGAGAACGCUGUGGAUGAAUCUUAUGAUCAUGGUAUGGCGAUGAAAACUAUAUCGAAGCUUUGA